AUGGCCAAAUUACAUGCAUACUAUGUUACAAAUGCACGUCAUGAACUUAAUUACAUUGGACAAAAUCUUUCAGAAAGUGAUUUUUUAAAGAUGAUGCAUAACUAUACCAAUUUGCUUACUUCAGGUGCUGCUAUGUUUGAAGAAGAUAUCCAGUUAUAUGAUUCUAAAGACAAUUUUGAAGAUAAUAUUGAAGAUAAUCUUGAAGAUGCAGAUGAUUUAUCUGAAGUUGAUUCCAGUAUGCUAGAAAUUGAAAAUGACAUUAAUUUGAAUCUUGCUUUAAAUAAUACAGAUCAACCUUUAAUUUUAGAUGAAGUUAUUGAUCAUGGUGAAAAGGAUUUUGAUAUUGACGAACUUGUCAAUCAAGGAAUGCAGAUGCGAAAUGCAUCAAUAGAUAAAGAAAACUGA